CUUUCGAGGAGGGUCCAGAAAAUUGAAACAGAGCUAUGGUCAACUAUGAAGGAACGAAAGGUCAUUGACGAGUUUUUACAAAAGUGUGGGUAUUCGAGCGAAUACUCCAGGUUGAUGAGCAGUCCAUAUGGUUCCCAUCCAGACCGCGAGCUGUUGUCGCUGCAAGCAAAGAUAGAGCUCACCCUUGCUGCUCAAGAGGAUUUACAGGGACUAGCUGAGGAAUCCAAGGAGAUCCAAACUUUAGAACGAUGUGCCGAAAUAGGGGGACUCAGGAAUGUUGAAUCUCAUUACCCUGCUCUAUCCAAGCUUGAGACGAUUCACAUCGAGCAAUGCCAGGAAGCCAACAAGGUUUCGGACAAGAUGAACAAGCUGACGGACGACUACAAUAGUCUGAUCAAUACACUGUCAGAAGUGUUCCUCUCGUGGGAUGCGCUGUUGACAGCAGCCGAGCUAAAAGUCUCGGAAGUAGAGAGAUCAAGG